AUGGCUGCAACACCCGCUGCCGCCGUUCUGCUCCCGCGUCCGCUCACCCCAAGCUCCGGUGCUUCCACUUUCCCCCAUCGUGCCCGGGUGCCGCGCGGUCCCUCCUCCAUCUCGGUGCGGCCACUGAGGAGACGACGGUGCCAGUGGCGCGGCUCACUCCGAUCGCUGCCCCGCGAAGGAGCUCCGGCCGAGCUGAUGGAAGAGGACUCCAAGUUUGUGCCGUUGAACGCGGAUGAUCCCAUGUACGGCCCACCGGCGCUAUUGCUCAUCGGAUUUGAGAAAGGCGAAACUGUCACGAUUCAGGCCUUCCUGAAAGAGCUUGAAGGUGAAUUCCUCAAGGUGAUUCAUUGUACAGAGGAGAUGACAAAGCAAACCUUAUGGGAUGCCAUGCACACUGAGCAGCCUGAUUUGGAAGCUGUCAAGAUUGCAUCCAAUUCACAGAUUGCAGGAUCACUGCCGAGGAUAUGCAUAUUUUCUGGUCUGACUGGCGAGGAGAUGAUGAUGUUCAUCAAUGCCUUCCCAGAAACUGGGUUGGAACCAGCUGCUUUUGCUGCGCUUGUUCCUAACAGUGCAGAGAAGGUUCUCGGCGAGGUGAUUGAGGAAAUAAUGGGAGACCAUGAGAUGCUGGAAAGGAUUCCAAAUGAGAAAAAUCUGAAGUACACACACGUAAAGCAGAAUAACAUGGCCUAUGAAGAAAAUUCAAGCACUGUAUAA